CCACCAGACACCCAGUCAAAUCUCCGCACUUCACACCCGAUCAAAAGCAGAAUGCAGUCGCAACUGGUCGCCCUCACCUUAGUAGUCAUGUUCCUCGUGGGAACAGUGCUUGCUGUGCCCUACAACAACUACGAUGACCAGCUCUUAGAUGAGUACAAACAGCGACUCGAGAACUACUUGAUGUCUGCUGAUAAGCGCAGCUGCAUUCGACGGGGUGCAACCUGCGACGGCCGACCCAACGACUGCUGCAACCAGUCGGCUUGCCGCUGCAACCUCUGGGGCACCAACUGUCGUUGCCAGAGGGCCGGCCUCUUUCAGUCCCUGGGCAAGAAGUGAGCAGGCCAGCCAGGCUAACAGCGGUCUCCACGUCGGCCCGGCAAAAUAACAACCUCGUCGUUUUCGUUUAUCUCCGGUGUGGAUGUCAAAAAAGUCAGCUUUGUGUUGUCUCCACAAAUGGCGCUCGCUGUUGUACUUUGUUGGUUGCGUGAAACUAGCAGUCUAGAGUGUGUACCGGGCGAACAAAAGACACGAAGUUAAAAGCGGGACAAACUAACUGAAAAGGGUACUCUUUGUUUGGUGCCCCUUGUGUUGGCUUCGUUCCGUCAGUUUAUUGUUCUAGCCCAGUUGAAAACUGCAACAGAAUAGGACGAAUAGAACAUUCUAAUAUCUUGUCGUAUUUUGGGACAUGCUGUUAUUACUCCGUGGUAUGUUGGUACGCUCUGUGAGGGUCUUUUGUGCGAUCCGGUUUCUGUAGUGUUAUAACAGAUACCUUACGUUAUUUGAGACACUUCUGUUGUGGCAUAUCGAUGCCUGUAAUGACAACACACUUUUCUGAGGUAUGUGCUUGUAGUACAACAGCUGUCUUUUGUGACAUCAAACACGCCACAGAAUUCGCUUCUGAUGUCACGACAACAAAAUGUCUGUUGCACAACAGCACAGUAGAAUGGUAUGUCGCCCUAACAAAAUAGUGUAGUCAUUACAGCAGAACCUUGUAAUAACGGCAAGUUCUCUUAUUAUUUUCAACUGGGAGCUUUUAAAGCUCGUAAAGAAGAAAUUAAAAUGGCUUUCUAUACUUAUCCAAAAGGCAACGAAGCUGACAUCUCCGUUUAUUUUUAAUUUCCUUAUGAUUACCACCAAAUGACGUUUAAACUAGAAAACACACAUUGUUCUGCGUGGUUGGAGGGUCGCUAACACAGAAUUCUAGCGCCAAGGAAUUUACGCGUUCACUUAGUUUUCCCAGUUUAGCGAUCUAAUGAGCUUUUGAUGGUCUCUUUGAGAUUCUGUCAGAGACACUGGAGAUAACAUCAUUUAUUUUAAUUUCACCUUUGUGGCUAUGAAACUUGCUUCUGCUUAACAAACCACCCAUUUUUCUGUUUGUAGUGUGGUCGCUUACACAGAUUACCGACGCCAAGGAACAGGUAGUCUACUUCAGACUCUGAACCUUGUUUUACUGCGGAAUGGUAAGACUUGAACUGGGGCUGUAAAGUGGCCGAGUGUACGGAUAAAGCCUGAUAUAUUAUAUUUGUUCAUGAUCGUCGUUAUGGCGCGAUAGGCCGUAAUCCUUAUGUAUGUGUUAUCUAUGUCGUAAGUAUUGUGUUCGCAUCUGUUUGAAAAGGUAUAUGAAAUUCUAUGAAUGUCACUCAAAGGUGUCAACCGAGGGUGUGUUGUUGGCUUUACUACCUAACAACGUUGUUGCGAGUUAGUGAUUCACUGUGAUCUCGAUGUCGUCGGUUGUUCCUCUUGCGAAGAAAAUGCUACGCUUGUGUUUAUGUGACCGUAGCCAGACAGGGUGCUGUAAGGCACUUCUUGCGUGAAUUGUUCGCAUCCGUUCAGCGUGUUCACUAUUCCCGUGAAAAGUGUGCGAAUUGCCUGCUGUUUUUCUUGACUGCAUAACAGGCAAUGUGGCCGCCUUGAAAACGAUAGCCGUACUUAUUUGAAUCAAUGAAGGUGAGAUUCACGAAGCAGGCCACACCUGUGGGGGUAUCUGCUUCCUUUCUAGUACUAGUAUUACAGCGACCUAAAAUCCAGAAAUACCAAAAUUUUCAAAAUUUUCAGACACCUUGGCUGGAUACGUUACUGCUUAAUGACUUCUCUAAAGCUCCACGAACGUCACUUUGUUGAACCACAGCUUUACAUCAAGAUGACGUCAACCUGAACAAAGCUUUCAGUUUUAGCGACAUUCCUGUCUUUGCCCCGCUACAUGUUCGCACCACUCUGUAAAAAUAUGCACAACUUUUCCUCUAAAUUGCCUUCCUUUCCUGCAUGCCUGCUACUCCCUGACUGUGACAUACACAUUCCAAACGUCAUUCUAUUCACUUAUAAACUAAAAAACCGGAGUGUGUUUCUCUCCUUGAAACUUGCCCUCACUGAAGUGGCGAGAGACGCCAAGCAACCCUUUCUGGCACCGCAAUCUCAAUGCAAUUUCCUGCUAAGGAACGAAAAAUAUCUCGUUUCGGAAAUUCUGUAGUGAUCCACCGAGACCUACCUUUUGUACAGUUUUAUCCCUUUUCCUGCACGCUUAUCAGUAUGCACAUGGUCUCCUCAAACACGCUUACUUCACGAUUAUCACUCUGUUCAACUAGCGCAUGUGAAAGCAAAGAUGUUCGAGAUAUGAAGAGAUAAUCAGGUCAACUCUUGCUUACAGUGUAACGAGUGCUUUUUUUUUCAGAUGUCGAUUGUUCAUGCAAUAGGGCUUCCUGGGCCGCAAUCAUAUGUGGCUCGCUCAGAUAAAACGUAAAAGAGAUUACAAAUAACACAACAGUGUCCGAGAAGCUUGAAUGCAGCUUCGAAACGACACAAUGAAAUGUUCCCGACUUGACUGUGUGAUACUCGGAUGUAUCUCCAUCCCAAUUCCCAGCACUUGGUGUCGUCUCCAUCCCCCAUGUGUGAUCCACGACUGUUCCGUGCUGUAAAACCAUGCUGGUAGUGGGUUCCGAAACCGAAACAAUGCUGUUACCCAGUGUGUUGUGCUUUGUUUCUUUCGUGUUUUCUCUCUUUUUUGUAGUCAUAAGUUCUGCGUGAAUAAAGUGAGCAUAUAUUUUCGAGUCCUUUACGUGACCCGAGGACCUAUGUUUUCGCAGGCCACCGCAAGCUGGCUAUCUUUCCCACCCUCCAAAAAAUCAAAGCCACUUUCGCCCCAAGCUGUAUGAACUGCUAAGCAUAGAUUCGCGCGUGUUUUCCUUGUGUUUAUCUUGUGCUUUUCUGCACUUUGAGGUUCUGCUAUCUUCAUGUGAUUAUAUGAUGUUUCAUAUUUUUUGUUCUUUUCUUGUGAAUAUUAGAUUUCAUUCGCGAAUAUCUAUCUUCUCUUUUAUGGUCUCCUUUUUACUGUAUUUCAACUGUUUGCUGCUCCGAGCACAGUGCCUCUAACUAUCGGCGCUCGCGUUCCGCCUCCUCUUCUCUCUUCCGUAGAUCUGUGUCAAACUCCCGACGCUGGCAUUUCGCUGUCGCUUCGCUGGCUGGGAGAGACGAAUGAGCCCUUCGGCAACGCUGUUGUUUAUGGGCAAGCGCUGCUGGCGUUCCAAACGUGCAACUUCUCGGCUUAUGUGUAUAACACGUGGUAUCUGCAUGACCCCAACACGAGACAUCAGCCGACGAUAGGGAAGUCCCUUAACUUGCUCCCCCGUUCAAAGACAUGGACUUGUUACAUGGUCUGGCAUUCUCAAAGGCCUCGCCGUGGCAUCUUGAUACGGUGAUGAUGUGGACAUGCGAUAAAAAGUUGGCAGCGCGUUGCCUGUAACACUUGAAGGCGGAAGCCUGGUGCACACUUGGUAAAUCAUUUCAGUUAUAAAAUCUGGUGAGGGAGUGCAUUACCGGCACUGCUCACCGGCAGUGAGGCUGCACCCCAAAGCCUCUUUAUGCAAUUCCACUAAUACACGAACUUCUUUUUUUCUAUUCCGGUGGAGAAUUGCAGCUGCAUCUUUCUGGUACUUACCUACGGAGCAGAAACCUCGAGGCUUACGAAGAGGGUCUAACUUAAGUUGACGAUGACGCAGCGAGCAAUGGAAAGGAAAGUGAUAGGUGUAACCUUAAGGGACAAGACGAGAGCAGAGUGGGUCAGGGAACAAACGGGUGUUAAGAACAUCUUAGUCGAAAUCAAGAAGAAAUAGGAAUGGUCAGGGCAUGUAGCUCGUAGGCAAGAUAACCACUGGUAAUCGAGAGCAACAAAGUGGAUUACAAGAGAAGGCAAGCAUGCCAGGGGGAGGCAGAAAGUUAGGGCGACAGAUGAGAUUAAGAAAUUUGCGGCGAUAACGUGACCGCAGCAAGGACAGGACCGGGUUGAUUGGCGAAACAUGCGAGAGGCCUUUGCUCUGCAGUGGGCGUAAUCAGGCUGAUGAUGAUGAUGAUGAUACAAUCGGGUGUCAGACUUCUUGCAAGACAUAACAAGCCACAACAACUCGAGACGUAUUCAAAUUUUGUUGACGUUCAAAGUCAAUUGCUUUCUCAAUGCAAUCGCUGUUCUGAAACACGCUAACGACACGUACUCUGCAGUUCGACCCAAUAAAGUCACAAAUUUCGGGGAUAUUCAAGAACUUCGCAAGACAUAGUGGUCUCUAAACUUUUGACGCUGACUUCACGUUCAUGGCUACAACAGGACGACCACGACAAGAACGAAGAAAAUGAAAUACUUGUUCUCGACGGGAAAGAGGAGUUGGAGAGGGCUUACUUUUUACUUCCAACAUGGAGCGAGCGGGACUCGAAGCUUUCCAUGUUUACCUUAGCGAUUGCAAUGGGGCAGCUGGCAGGGUUCAAUGCCAGUACCCUGUAUUUCGACCGAGACUAUUUGCUUAUACUGAAGGAAUUCAAGCCGCGUGUAUUUUAUUGUUUAUUUAUUGGUUGUUUGUUUUCCUGCAACACAAUUGCUUAAAACAACAGAAAGCUGAGUUUGCUGUAAGGAUUGAUCGUAAGAUAACGCAAGGUGUGCUAGCGCGUACACAAGUUCAUGUCGUCUUGUACUCUUUUCUUCUGUCCUGUGUUUUUCUAUUGGUUUAUUUGAUUUAUUGCAUACACAUAAUACAGAAUAUUGUUUGGAACUAUAGCCUUGGCUGCUAGUUUGGGGUGCAAUAAUAAAACAGGCAUU